AUGUUCCAACAUCUCGAACCACUGACGCUGAAGGAGGUGCAGGCUGGCGUGGACCAGGAGGUGCUGCAGGCUGGCGUAGACCAGGAGGUGCUGCAGGCUGGCGUAGACCAGGAGGUGCUGCAGGCUGGCGUGGACCAGGAGGUGCUGCAGGCUGGCGUAGACCAGGAGGUGCUGCAGGCUGGCGUAGACCAGGAGGUGCUGCAGGCUGGCGUAGACCAGGAGGUGCUGCAGGCUGGCGUGGACCAGGAGGUGCUGCAGGCUGGCGUGGACCAGGAGGUGCUGCAGGCUGGCGUAGACCAGGAGGUGCUGCAGGCUGGCGUAGACCAGGAGGUGCUGCAGGCUGGCGUGGACCAGGAGGUGCUGCAGGCUGGCGUGGACCAGGAGGUGCUGCAGGCUGGCGUGGGUCAGGAGGUGCUGCAGGCUGUCCUGGGCCAGGAGGUGCUGCAGGCUGGCGUGGACCAGGAGGUGCUGCUGGCUGGCCUGGGCCAGGAGGUGCUGCAGGCUGGCCUGGGCCAGGAGGUGCUGCAGGCUGGCGUGGACCAGGAGGUGCUGCAGGCUGGCGUGGACCAGGAGGUGCUGCAGGCUGGCGUGAGCCAGCAGGUGCUGCAGGCUGGCGUAUACCAAGAGGUGCAGGCUGACAUGACACAGAGAAUUGUAGUGGGAUACAUGCAUAGUGUCAAUCUUGCUCACUAG